UUCUAAUGGCUUCCAUUGCCUUUCUUGAAAUCUCCAUAGCAUUCAUUAGCCUUCUCGCCUUUUAUUUCUUCAUAAACAAGAAACCCCAUGAAUGCUUCCCGAGGAACCUGCCGUUUCUAGGGAUGCUUCCGGGUCUUCUCGUAGCGUUCGAUCGAUUUUACGAUUUGGCGGUCGAUGUUCUUGAGAAAUCCAACAUGACAUUUCCUUUCAAGGGCCCUUGGUUCAUGGGAAUGGACGUGCUGGCCACCGUCGAUCCUGCCAAUAUUCACCACGUAAUGAGUUCAAACUUCGGCAAUUACCCGAAAGGAGACGAUUUCAAGGAGAUCUUCGAUGUGAUUGGCGACGGGAUUAUAAACGUGGACGGAGAGUUAUGGGAGAAUCUGAGGAAGUCGACUCUAGCAAUUUUCAGCCAUGAAGGGUUUAAAAGGUUCUCGAUCAUUGCCAACGUAAAGAAGGUGAAGAAGGGGCUUAUACCUUUUCUUGAUCACGUCGCAAAGGAAAACAUGGUCGUGGAUUUGCAAGAUGUGCUCGAGAGAUACGUGUUCGACACCACAUGUAUUACGAUAACGGGGUACGACCCUUCGAAUCUCUCCGUUGAAAUGCCCGAGGUCGAGUUUUAUGCGGCUCUCAAUGAUGCCGUGGAGGCGAUUGUGUAUAGGCAUGUUAAGCCGAGAAUCUUGUGGAAGCUCCAAAAACGGAUUGGAUUCGGAGUGGAGAAGAAGAUGAGAAGAGCUCAUGCCACUUUCGAUCGUAUCUGUGAAGAGUACGUAGCUGCUAAAAGAGAGGAGACAAGAUUAGGGCUUCACUCCAAUGGAGAAGCUAUGGAUUUGCUGACAUCUUACAUGAACUUGGACGCGGCCAAGUACGGGACCUUCGACCCAUACGAUGAUAAAUUCCAAAGAGACACCCUCUUGACGUUUAUGAUUGCUGGGAUGGGUGUAGGCUCUGCUCUGACUCGGUUCUUCUGGCUUCUCUCGGCAAACCCCGAGGCCAUAACCAAGAUUCGCCAAGAAAUCAAAACAGUAUUGCCAAGAAUCGAAAGUCGUGACGACGACGACGACGACGAAUUGUCAUUCGAUCCCAAGGACUUGAAGAAGUUAGUGUAUCUACACGGGGCAUUGUGCGAGACACUAAGGCUAUACCCUCCAAUUCCAUUCGAACGCAAGUCUCCAAUCAGACCGGACGUGCUACCGAGCGGCCACAAAGUCGGUCCAAACGCAACGAUAUUGAUAAUAAUUUACGCGAUGGGGAGGAUGAAAGCGAUAUGGGGGGAAGACGCGCCAGAUUUCAAACCGGAGAGAUGGAUUUCAGACAGUGGAGGAUUGAAACACGAACCUUCUUACAAGUUCUUGUCGUUUAAUGCCGGCCCGAGAACUUGCUUGGGGAAGGAAAUGGCGUUCACUCAGUUGAAAACGGUGAUCGUAGAGAUUAUACGAAACUAUGAUAUUCAUGUCAUCGAAGGUCAAGAGGUGGAAUCACUUGUCUCUGUUAUCCUUCGCAUAAAGAAUGGCCUUAGAGUCACUGUCUCCAAGAGAUCUAAUGAAUGAACGUGACGAUGCUUUUGUUCAAAUGCAACAAAAUGAUGUCCAAAACAAUUGGGCUAUUUAUG